AGAUUUAAGGGAAUGGGAAGAAGAAAACUUAGUUAAUAUGCAGAGGUCUUGCAUGUCUUCCUCUCAUAAUAUGAGGCCCAAACGCAGGUCUUCAAGUUAUGAAGAUUAUAGUUACAAAAAACAAGAAAUGUGCGAAGAGAGUUGUGUAGAGGAAGAAGAUAACAAAGAAACUAAAACAUCUUCACCUAUUCUUGGUAAGAAAAAGCAUUUCAGGAAAUGCAAUGCUUUAUCACCACAAACUGUAUCAUCGUUUUGCAGUGAUGAAAGUACCAACUCCUGUAGUCCAAUGAGGGCGAGGAAAAAUUCUUCAACAUUGAGAAUGGCUCACUCCUCCCCAACUUCCUCAGCUGAUCAUGUUUCCAUACAUAGAAAAAUUAUUCAAAGAAAUAUAAUACCACUAGACAAACGAACACAAAGCAGAGGUUGCAGCUAUCAAAAACAUGCUCUCCUUAGCCCUGUAGGAUCAAAGAAAUCCACUGAAGCUGAAAGCCCAUUAUCCUCUUUUGUAGAAAAAGAAGAUUCAUUAAUUGGAAGUAUUGACUUUGAAGAACUGGAUUCAAUUUGCCUGUCUGUCAUGUCCACUCCAAAGAGUAGUGUUUCCUCUAGGAAAAAUAAAAAGGCCAGAGUUUCUGAAAAAGAGUGCACUCCAAAGAGAAAUAUAUAUUCAUCAGAGGAAAACCACUAUUCUUCUGAAAAACGAUGCAACCAUUCACACACAUUUAAAUUAAAUGAAUCUCCUCGUGAUAUUUAUAUUUCAGGUAGACGAUCCUGUAAGAAAGAUGUACAAUAUAAAUCAUGUAUAGAAAAUGACAGUGAAUUAUGUCAUGAAAGAACUGAAGAUUCUCCCAUUAUUGAACGUGUACAUAAUACAAGCGGCGUGAGUUUUCUUGGUGGGUUUGGUGAUGAGGAUUCCCCAGAUCUCUUUGAAGCAACACCAGUUUCAAAAAGUUAUGCUGUAAGUAAGAGUAGAGGCAGUAACUUUGAAAGUGAAACUGACCUCUUUAGUGAUGAAACUGAUAUGUUCAAAGGUGUCUCAGACAGCCAUAGUAAAUUUGAGGAAAAUUUUAAAGACCACCCUACCAAAAAAAUUGAAACUACCAAAAAUAAUUGCAUUUUAAAGACUUUUGAAGCAGACACAAAGAAUUUCCAAGUUCCUGGAGAGCCAUUGUCAUCAGGAGCACCUUCAUUUGUAUCGAGUGAAAGCAAUGUUAAUGCGGAGUCAUAUUCUGUUGAAAAUGCUUCUUCAAGUGAUUCGCAAGUUAGUUUCAGUAGUACCAUGGAAUCACAACCUUUGAUUGCUCGUCUUCAAGGUAGAUUGGAUGGAUUUCAAUCUACUCAAACAUGUGGUGUAAUACAAACAGAAAAUGAACUAAGAGCAGAAUUAGUAGAGGCAGCUGUAAAAGAAGCAGAGAAAAUCCAUGAAUCAGCAAAUGAAUUUGAACUUGGUCCAUUUUUUGGCCUUCCAUCUUUAGUAGCAGAGGCUCUCAGAAAGCAUCGUGGCAUUCAGGACCUUUACGAUUGGCAGAAGGACUGCAUUGCAGAGGGCAUUGGCUCAAAGAAUCUUUUGUUUUCAUUGCCAACUAGUGGUGGGAAGACCCUUGUUGCUGAGAUUCUUAUGUUGCGGCAGUUGCUGCUAAAGAAGAAAGAUACCCUCUUCAUUUUGCCAUAUGUUGCUCUUGUACAGGAAAAGGUUCAUGGCAUAUCACCAUUUGGUGUUGAAUUGGGAUUCCUUGUAGAGGAAUAUGCAGGAAGUCGAGGCAGUUUCCCGCCUAAAACGGGUAGAAAAAAGUGAGUAGUUUA